CAGCUCGCACUAAAUACCGCAUGUUUUCAGUUAUGAGGAGGCAACUCAGACAACAAACAUAGAAUUUAUUGGAGUCUGGAGAAGCAAAAGGACCUGCUAACUGAACACAACACUAGACAUAUACAUUUUGUUCUUCAACUAAACCAUUUAAAAAGAUAUGUAUUAAAAAAGUGUAUUAUUAGGGAUAUCAGAACCAGUAUACCAUUAAAAUAGUCAAUUAGAGAUAAGAUUUAACAUUUUAAUAAACAGUAAAAAUUUGAGUUUUUGUCAAAAAAUUAUUGACAAAACGAGUUGGUGGAUUUAUACGAAGUGUUAAAAAGACAAUUUACUAACAUUUAACAGUAGAAACAAUCAUUACAAUGAAUUUAAAUCCUUUAUCAGAUUGUGAAAAAAUGUUCAUAUUGGAAGCAGCAUCUCAAAAAAUUCGUCUUGAUGGUCGUAAAAAAGAUGAAUAUAGACCACUAAAAAUUGAAUUUGGACUAGACUGGGGUAAUUGUCUAGUAACACUUGGUUGUACACGUGUCUUUACUCAAGUUAGCUGUGAAAUAUAUCAACCUAACAAUAGUCGUCCAAAUGAAGGUGUACUACAAAUAUCUGCUGAGUUAGCAGGAGACAACAAGCUUAACGAUCUAACAAAAAUAAAUCAAGUUUUAGAAAGAUUUUAUAAAGAUUCAAAAUGUAUAGAUCUUGAAGCAUUAUGUAUAAUUGCCGAGGAAAAAGUGUGGAAAAUUAAAGUAGAUUUGAGUGUUUUGAAUAUGGAUGGUAAUACUUUGGGAUGUUGUUCAAUUGCAACUUUAGCAGCAUUGAUGCAUUUUCGGCAUCCAGAUGUUAUGUCAACUGGAGAAAAAGUAAUUGUCUAUUCUAGUUCAGAGAGAGAUCCUAUACCAUUAUCACUUCAUCAUCAUCCAGUAAUUGUAAACUUUGCAAUUUUUGAAAAAUAUGAUUUCAUUAUUUUGGAUCCAUCGUUUCUGGAAGACAAAGUCUGUGAUAACAAAUUGUCUAUUUGUUUUAACAACCACAGAGAAAUGUGUGGUGUUGACAUUGAAGGAUGUGCUUCUUUAAGUCAGGAUCUUCUUAUGAACUGUUCCAAUCAGGCAGCUUCCAUGGCUAUUAAACUUGUAGAUAAAAUAAAAUCAGCUAUACAAAUUGAUAUUAAAAAUCGUAGUUCUAGUAAAUCAGUUAAAGGUCUAGAACCAGCUGUUUCUGAAGAUAAUGGUCUAAAAUUAUGUUUGUCUGAUAAAUUAAAAUUUGUCGGCCCAUCCAAUCGAGAAAAUAAAAUAGAAGAGAUUGACGAAAAAAUGGUUGUUGAUCAAGAAGUGAUUAAGAUAACUGAUGGAACUGCAUUCACAACUUCUCACAAAUUGCAUCAAACAAAUGAUAUAAAACAAAAUGAACGAAAUGACGAUUUAAUUGUCAUUGAUCCUGAAAGUAGUGAAUCAUCAUCAAGUGAUGAUAGUGUUGAAGUUGUUAGUCAUUAUAAAUUAGAUGAUAUUAGACCUGUUAUAGGCAAGUAUGUUGUUUCUGAUGAUGACAAUAGUGACUCAGGUACCAUCAUUUUGGAUUAAACAAGUAAAUAAACUUUAUAAUUAUGUGUAAAAAUUUCAAUUUGUACCUAUAUUAUUAAACUGUAUUUUAUAAA